AUGAUGGACCGCAUGCCACAAGAGCUGCUUCUUCUCAUCGGAAAGCAUAUCCAGGGAAGCUCUGACUCGCAAAAUACCCUAUACUCACUGACUCUGUGCUGCCGGCAUUUCCAUGAUGUAUUCCAACCUAUGAUCUACCAUUCUCUUUCGAUUUCUUCUUUCUCCGUCGGAUUUGCUCGCUUGAUUAUGCGACUAUGGCGACGACCAGAUCUUGCCAGUCAAGUUCGACGAUUGGAAAUGUGCUGGUCAGAUUGUUCAGAUUGCGACCAGGAUUCAGCAGAUAAAUUAAGCGAGGACCCCGAGGUCGUACGUUUCAUUGAGGAAGCAUUGAAUGAGAUAUUCACCCCAGAGGAAGAGGACACGAGGUCUAUCUGGGAACAGCAUCUCGAUACUGAGUUCCUUUGCGCUGAAGCAUGGCUGGGACUGUUGCUUGUCCGGGCGAAUCAGCUCCAAACAAUCGAGUUCGGGCAUGAACAUUCUGAGCUGAUGUCGAAUAUUCUACACAAAGCCGCAAACCGACAAUAUCCUUUUCACAGAGCUCCGCCAUUUCCAUACUUGGAAGAGGUCCAAGCGUGCGUUGCGUGGGGAGCGGCAUGGAUUGACUCGGGUUUUCUCACGCCUUUCUUCUACUUUCCCGCUAUUCGCACAAUCUAUGGAUCUGCCAUUGGUGAGAGGCGAGAUGACGAAAACAUGACGCUUGACAAGAGCUAUAUCUCGUCCCCGGUUCGGGAAAUAAUCGUCGAUGAAGCCUACUGGUGUCGGGGUAUGUUGGAUUGGCUUAUGGUUUGCACGAAGCUCGAGCAUGUUUCCAUCAAUAUCGAGGUACAAGCAGAUGAAUAUGAGAUAUCAGACCAUGAAAAGUUCGAUGCAUCGCUAUUUCGCACGAUGCUUCUUCCUUCCGCCAAGACUCUCAAGACUCUUCGUGUCUGUUAUGGUGAAUGGUACAGAGAUAAAUUGGAAGAGCACGAUGCCGAUGAUGCUCCUUUCGGAACAUUCAGAGACUUUGUUGUCAUGGAAGAUAUUUCGGUCCGGCAUUCUCAUUUGAUCGGCCGUAUCAGUCCUGACUCCACUGAUCAUUGGGAUACAAAGCCGCUUGUUGACAUACUACCCUUUACUCUCCAACGGUUCGAAAUUAUAGACCUGAUGGAGAGUCAUCAAUUACAGUUGUUGUCACAGCUUUCGGAGCUAGUGCGCCGGGGCUGUUGUCAGAAUCUUGAACGGGUAGAGUUCCAUCUUGAUUUGGAGGAUUCAGAUGCACCUAUCGAUGCACUGAAUAGCCUCAAAUUGGAAUGCGAUGCCAGGGGUAUUGACUUGGAGGUUAAAGCACAGGAAGACUCUUAG